UAUGCUCAUCUGUAAUAUAUGUAGCUGCAUGCAGCUGUGCUGCUUUUUCAUUUUCUAGAUUUACACCCUCUUCCAAAUGUAGUUGUAUCUGUGGAAGAUAUCACUGCUCCCUGGAGUUCAUCCCUGCUCAUCAGCUAGAAACCAUCAUUCUCUUCCCACUGAGAAAGUGAUGAGGGCAAGUUCUCCCAAUUUCACUGUACAUCCUGACUAUUAGCAAGGUCAAAGCAGGAUUUUUAAAGUACCACAGGAGGUAUCCCAGGUGGAUGAAUAACUUCACAAUGGCUGAACUCACAGAGGAGAAUGGCAGCUGUAUGGACUGGCAAAAGCGAUGCCUUGUGUUGGAAUCCCAGCUCUUCAAAUUCCGCUUGCAGGCAAGCAAAAUCCGAGAGCUGCUAGCUGAGAAGAUGCAAGAAUUGGAACAGAGAGUGAUAGAAGCAGAGCAAAGAGCUGAGGAUGCAGAGAAACAGGUCAGAGUUAUGAGAGAGGAGGUAAAACUAAGCAACAUGAAGACUAAUGAAUCAAACAGCACUCUGUACAGGAAAUAUCAAGAGCUGGUGGGUACAGUGCAAAGAAAGGAAGAUGUAAUCAGCAGACUGGAGACACAGUUAGCAAAACAGAAACAGCUGAGGACUGAGGAAGCCAAAAUAAUUCAAGAGAAAGCUGCCAAGAUUAAAGAGUGGGUAACAUUUAAGCUGAAAGAGCUUGAGCUAGAAAAUUACCACCUGAAAAACUGUAAUCAGAGGCUGACUGAGCAAAUUGAAGCCCUUCAGGACGCAUUGCAAGAUAUAACCAGCAUUCCUCCUAUGGAGUCUCUUUGGAGAUGUAAUUCUCUGAAGCCCGGAGCACCACAGCCCUCCUACCCUGAGAAAAUAGACCAGAAAUCUAGGCUCCUUGCACCUGCUUUCAGACAGGUGUGUCAAACAGGAUCAACCAAAAGUGUCCUAUCGACAACAAACAUAGUCCUGGCCAGUGACAACUUUACUGAGAGUGGAGAGAAUAAAUCUCCGCUUUCCCAGAACACACUGAAGCUCUUGACUGACCCAUCAAGCUGGAAUCUCACCACGGAGAAAGACAUGUUCCUGGACAUAAGCUCAGAACACAGGCUAAGGUGCUCUGACCCCUCAUCACUGGACCCUCCAGUUGAGCCCACAAAACUCCUUGGGGCUUUGACUUCCCAGUCAUCUUUAGAGGGUAAUCAUAGCACUGUGAGCACCUUGAAACAAGUGACUUUGGACAGAGCCAGCUUCCCUGAUGAUCUGACUGCCAGGUUCCACUCCCACUGUUUAGAUUCUUCUUUCUCAGGAGAAAUAAUGAGCAUCUUUGAGGGCCGUCUGCAAACUGCUGAGCCACCCCUAACUGUGUCAUCAUCUGCCGUUACAACACGUUCCAUCCGUACAGAGAGACAACAUGGGCUUGGCUCAAGUAUGACCUUUCCAAAAAUACGAACUACCAGUACACCAAGAGACAGUAUCCAACUAGCCAAAAGACAUCACAGCCAACCACAGUCAGGUACUAGUUCUUCCUGUCAUGUAAUGAGCUUCGAGGCUAGCACCUUCCAGCCCAUAAAAGACUCCCCAGUCUGUCACAGGCCAGUGGAGGAGACAGACAUUGAUGACGCAGUGCUAGAGAAGAUGGAAACAGAAGGUGGUGUGGUGAGGGAAGAAGCUGGAAUGUGCGAGAUUAACCACUUACCUACAGAGCAGAGAGAAGCUUUGAGUUCUAAGGCCGGCAUCCUUGAACCAGGAGGUAAACCUCCCACACCACCUCUGCACAGAUUUCCUUCCUGGGAGAGCCGAAUCUAUGCCGUGGCCAAGUCUGGCAUGAGGUUGUCUGAAGUAGCCACUGUAAAUGAUGCUUCCAGCUGCUUUUCAAAUUUCUCAUAUUCAGCCUACACUACAUUGAAGGGGAAAGCCACACAGAUCAGCAACGUGCCUUUCUUAGAUGAGUCUUCAGGUUCUGAUGAUGACUGUGGCUCCAAUGCCAGCAUCAGGAAUUCUGCUGCUGGACCCGAAAACAGGAAAGCUAGUGUGCCAGGCAGCCCUCGUGCAACAAAAAGAGGUGUUUCUAUGUCCUCAGUGAGCUCUGAAAGUGACUAUGCUGUCCCUCCUGAUGCCUAUCCCUUGGAUGGUGACUAUUCAGAGCCAGAACACAAGCUACAACGGACAUCAUCCUAUUCCACUGAUGGUGGAGUUUGCACUGAACCCAUGGAGAAAUCAGGUUACUUGCUGAAAAUGGGCAGCCAGGUGAAAAUGUGGAAAAGACGAUGGUUUGUCCUAAGAAACAGACAAAUCAUGUACUACAAGUCUCCGAGUGAUGUUAUCCGCAAACCACAAGGGCAGAUGGAGCUAAAUUCCUCAUGCCAAAUUGUCAGAGGUGAAGGAUCCCAAACAUUCCAGCUUGUGACAGAGAAGAGAACCUACUUCCUGACAGCAGACUCUCCCAACAUUCUGGAGGAAUGGAUUCAUGUCCUACAGAGUAUCCUUAGAGUGCAAGUGACCAGUCCUGUUGGAGUUCCUCAUGGUGAUGCUAAACCCACUGUGAAAGGUUGGCUCACCAAGGUUAAGCAUGGUCACUCUAAGCUGGUCUGGUGUGCACUGAUUGGAAAAACUUUUUACUAUUAUCGAAAUCACGAGGAUAAGUGUCCCUUAGGGCAUCUGCCUUUGCGUGAGUCCAAAGUGGAAGAAGUAGAUCGUUCCUGUGACUCUGAUGAAGAUUAUGAAACAACUGGUGGAGGACUUCUCUCAUCCCACUGCACUUUGGUGAUUCACCCACAAGACCAGAGUCCCACAUACUUACUCAUUCGCACAAAACAGGAGAAGAACACCUGGCUGUACCAUCUGACUGUAGCAGCUGGUAGCAGGAACACCACAGUGGGCACAUCAUAUGAGCAGCUCAUUGGAAAACUGCUGGAUGCAGAGGGAGACCCUAAUUCUCCACUGUGGAAACACCCUAUGUUGUGCUACAGUAAAGAUGGGCUGCACAUGUCCCUCACCACUCUGCCAUCUGAGGCUCUGCAGACUGAGGCUCUGAAACUUUUCAAGUCCUGUCAGCUGUUCAUCAAUGUCCCUGUGGAAGCAUCCUCUAUUGAUUACCACGUGUCGCUCGCCCAGACAGCACUGCAGGUCUGCCUGACACAUACCGAGCUGCAGAAUGAAAUCUUCUGCCAGCUUGUCAAACAGACGAAUUGCCGACAGCCCCAGAACCACUCAGUCAUUCAGUGCUGGCAGCUCCUCGCUUUAUGUGCUCCUCUGUUCCUGCCCCAGCAUCACUUCCUUUGGUAUGUCAAGCAGCACUUGCAGCGCCACGCAGACCCCAGGAGUGAAAUAGGCAAGUAUGCCAUCUACUGUCAGAGAUCAGUGGAGCGCACUGUGCAAACUGGUGAGCGGGAAGCCAAGCCCUCAAGAAUGGAGAUUGUGUCCAUCCUGCUGAGGAAUCCCUACCACCACUCACUCCCAUUCAGCAUCCCAGUGCACUUUAUGAAUGGAACCUACCAGGUUGUAGGUUUUGAUGGCUCUUCAACAGUUGAUGAAUUCAUCCAGCGGCUGAACCAGGAGACAGGAAUGCGGAAACCAUCCCACAUGGGAUUUUCUCUGUUCACAGAUGAUCCAUCUGGCAGGGAUUUGGAACACUGCCUGCAGGGCAACAUGAAGAUCUGUGACGUCAUUUCUAAAUGGGAACAAGCCUUAAAGGAAUUGCAUCCUGGUAAAUAUGAAGGUGGCACAAGAAUCGUGAAAUUGACCUAUAAGAACAGGUUGUAUUUUCGGAGCCAAGCCAAGGGUGAGACAGACCGGGAGAGGCUGCUGCUGGCCUUCCAAGUCAGCAAUGAAAUAGCCAGUGGAAGGUUUCCAGUAAAUAAAGAGCUAGCUCUGGAAAUGGUUGCUCUGAUGGCUCAGGUGGAAUAUGGGGAUUUGGAUCGGACAGCAUCUUCAAGUCCUGGGGGAUCAUCACACUUCAAAAUGCAGCAUCUUCUCCAUCAGGUCUUGGAUAAAUUCUACCCCAAGCGCUACAAGAAAAAUAUUGCUCCUGAACAGCUCAAGCAACUGGCUGACAAGCUGGCAACAAAGUGGAUGGUGCUGCAGGGAUGCUCUCCACCAGAAUGUGUUCGAAUUUAUUUGACAGUGGCCCGCAAAUGGCCUCUCUUUGGAACCAAACUAUUUGCUGCUAAGCCUGUUUUGCCUUCCUCAUUAGAAGACUGUCCAGUCUGGAUAGCUGUGAAUGAAGAUGGUAUCAGCGUACUGGAUUAUAACACUAUGCACUUGAAGUUCUCUUACUCAUACUCUUCUGUGUUGACCUUUGGAGGCUGUCGAGAUGACUUCAUGAUUGUAGUCAGUCAAAUAAAAGAAAGGAGUUCUGGAAAAAGCAGCACAGAAAAACUCCUUUUCACAAUGGCAGUUCCAAAGAUUGUUGAAGCAACACUUCUUAUCGCCACCUAUAUUAACUCCCGGUCGACAGCUUCGCUCCUACCCUCCACACAGCCCUCCCGAAGCACAACACCUGCCAACAGGCUCUGGGAGACUGAACGUCGGUGUUUUUUCCCUUCCGUGCCCCGAAGCACUAAGGGGCCCACCCUGCUCUGAGGGCUCAUCCCAAUUGGGGAACUUUUUAUUCUUGGGGUUGUGGUUUGUUGUUACUUUCCACACUGCUCUGCACCAAAUUGCAGAUCACUAAGAUUUUGCCAGUUACUCACCUUGUUUUAACGCGGGCUCUGGUUCUUUUUGCUGCACGUAUUCUUCCAUCUCUCUUACAGCUUUGUUUACAAGCACGUUUUCUUGAAUCCUUCCCAUUUUCAGCUUUGCAUCUGCCCUUAAAUCACUGCACGCCCUAUGUCUGGAGCCUCAGCCCAGUUCUUAAACUCCUAGUGAUCUCUUCUCCUUGUCAGGCCCUUUCAAUUAUUCCCAUUAUUUCCAAUAAUCUUCUGUUUACAUCAAUCACUGACUCACUCACUCCUUACCUGAAACAGACUGCAGCCUCUGCAAGGCAGGUUUGAGUGGUGCGUAAGCUUGACUUUGACAGAAGUGAACCAAUCACAUGGUCUCAACAAAAUUAAAGACAGGUGGUUCUGGAUGCUGCGCCACAAGCCAAGUAUAAGGAUGCAUCCUGCUGAAUACUGCCUGCGUAAGGAGCAACAUGUCACUUCUUCAUAAACUAGAGAGACACUGACAGGCUGCUACCAGAGUGGAAAGAUUAAUAUGAUGUAGUUUGGUCAGGUAAUUUAGACAUAGCUUCAGCUCUGAGCUCUGGUUAUGAACAGCCACUGUGUGAAAGUUUUGACCUGUGUUUAAAUUCGCUGCUGCUAAUCUUGCUAUCACGAUAGUCCUUUUGAAGAGACUAAGAUAGUUUUUUGUAUUUUUGUGCCACUGAUUAACAAAACCAAGACAAUUUAUUUUUUCCUAAAGCUACACUGACUGCUCCCUAAAACAGAUUACAAAAUUCAAAGACAAUUCCAAGUCUCUGCCCCAGACGUGGAAGAAAAAGAGAUGCAGCUGUUGAAAGAGAAUGGGAACUGAACUGACAAGAAGAUGUCAUUUCAGGGGUGAUUUUGAAGACCUGGAAUAGGGAGUAUAGAAUAAGAAUUCAGUGGUACAUGAGAAUCUUUUCAACCUUAAUUUAAUGGAGGUUAAAAGCUGAUGUCCUUCCUUGUUGAGGACUCAGAACAGCUGGGAUUGGACCAGCGUCCGACAAUGCCCUGGCUCCUGCAGAACGGGUGGCUUCUGACAGUUGAUGCUGCUCUGUGCAACUGCUGAACACCGGAUCUCUGCUGCAGGGCUGAAAGUGUCACGUGCCCCACCACCACGUAUGUUCAGACUCCUUCCACUAAUCAAUGUUACAGAUGUUUCAGGACAUGCAUGUGAUCUCAGACAAAGGAAGACAAGGCAAGCAAACCUUUCAAUUUUUGUCUGUCUUCCAGCAACUGGAACAGUCCUUCCCAGACCAGCUCUGUCCUUCACAGAAGCUAUUUCUUUAGAUCUCCUGUUUUCUUCAUGCUACUGGCUCAAUGAGGAGGUUGUUAGCAAACAUAUACUCAAAUACUGUUCUUCAGAUUUUCCUAAAGAGUGUUUUUUUUGAUGGGUUUCAAAGUGACUUUGUUCUGAUUGGGAAGUGAAAUGCAUUUUAAACAAAUGAAAGAAAAACAGACAUUCCUCUUAAGAACUCGACAUCUAUCUGGCUUGAGCUGAGCUAUUUUGAGAAGCCUUUUAAGAAGUAAAGAUGAAUUGCCCUUUCAAAAGUACCCGAGUAACUUCAUCAUCAUGCACUCAUGGGCAACUUUCUCAAAUUAAAACAGUGUGAAUCCAACCAUCAUAAAGAAUUCAGCAAUAGCAAACCAAAGCUAUUCACCAAUGAACCAACCAACCAUACCAGGGUGUUGUUUUUUACUUCCUAGUAUCUGUGACCAACCCUGAAGUAUCCAAUACACGGUGGAGCUGAUACUGCGAGAAGUUUUUGUUUCAAGCUUAUGGUGGGUACAAAGCCAAAAAUCAAAAUUACAUGAGGCAACAAUCAUUCUAUUCAAUCCCUUAUCAGCAUAUCUUUAACAUUAAAAAAAAAGAAGUGGUUUGUGGAAAUUAUAUGAUAGACUUGAAAUAGAAGAUUAUAUAUACACAGAGACCUAAUCUGUCCGUUCUGUAACAUACCCACUUGUCGUGAAUUUAAGGACCACCGCUUCAACUUAUCAAAAAAGUAGUUUUCUAAGUUAACAAUAAUGUUGAGAAGGUAUUGUUUUAGUCUCUACGUAAUCUUGCAUACUUCUGAUAUACCCUUGUAGAGUGUCCAGUAGCACAUAUUAUUUCUCUCUCUGAUUUUAGUAUGGAUAAACAAGUUGGAAUAAAGACAGUGUUAUUCCACUUCACUACUUAAGUUACCUGCGACAAACGUUUGGCAGCCUGCUUCUUGUGUCCCACCACCAGUAGGAAGCUGCCUCAGAAUGAGCUGAGCUCAGCCCAUUAUCACCUGUCCUGAAGAUGCUCAAGGCAUGCAAGUCUCCAGUUCACUGUUCUGAGGCUGUGCUCACCUUAUACUGCUAACACCCACAUCUUUGUACUGGGGCAAACAGGAAGCAGAAAUGCUAAUAAGCAAGAGCUGUCAUGAUGCUCACUGUUUUCUGCCAUAAAUUCACUCUAAAUUCACAAACAUGGCAAAUGGGACUUUAUUUCUUCCCUCUUUCUUCCCAAUAUUCUUUAAUACUUGAGUAUUUCAUGGACCACCCCACUCUGAUGGAUGCACAUAUACCUCCUAUUUAUAGGUUACUCGACUUUAAAACAGAACAAAUUUUAAAAAUCCUGUGUAGAUACCUAUUUUGUAUGAUUCUAUGAUAAAGUUUUAAUUUAAUCAAUGCUUUUGGCAAUGAUAAUUGCAACAGUAUAGAAUGAGACAACAGCCUGUAUCUCUCUAACUGCUGUGUGUAUGGUAAAGGCUGUCUUGGAGAUAUGACAACAUUUCUGUUCUUAAUAAAAAGAAAUUAUCCUGAAUGAACUUGUAUUUCUUCACAGAGUGAAAUAAAUGAUUUAUCUUAAAAGCCA